GGCGGCGCCCUGCUGUCGAUCGUCGGGGGGAAGUUCAAGGUCAAGGGAGCGCUCGUCGCAAAGUACUACCAGAUGGAGGACUCGUCGCGCCGUGACGCAUGUGUCCAUUCACCGCUAGGCUAUGGGACUCCACGCCUUUACAUGCCUGUACCCCAGUGCGAGGCUGACCAGGUCGAGGGCGUUUGCUCCGAGUACGGCGGCUUCCACAAGGUGGUGAUGCUACCCGGGCGGCGCGGCACCACCCGCAGGGAUGUCGAGGUGGAGUUCGAUGGCAAAAUGUCGGCACGGCAUGCACUGGUGAACCUGAUGUCGGCCAAGCCCGCCUGGGUGGUCAAGCACGCAAGACGCGCGGCUCCCCAGGUCGAUGAGUGA